AUGGCUUCGUCCUUUCCUGGUGGCCAGGCCCCUCUUCAGGGUCGCGGCCUCGCCGUGGGAAGCAACGAUCGCGACGCGCAAGGUACGAACCCAAGCGGUCUGCCAGCAAAUGGCCAAAACCAGCCCCCGAGCUUCGUUUACCACUAUCCCAAUGGCAUCCCCGGCGGCUACAAAAUGGUUCCUGCCAGGGACGGUGAAACUCCCAGGCGCUACGUGGAGGACCACCUUCCGAAUACCUUUUACAGUCGCAAAGACAUCAAGGCGAUCUUCAGCACCAAUAACGGCGAAGUACCUACCCGUGGCCUCAACAUGAACCACUUUGUCGGUUCUCGCGAACUCGAUUUGUGGAGCGCCGAAGACAUCCAGGGAAGAGCCAACUCUAUCCGCAAGAAGCACUGGAGAUCGCUGAAGUCCUUGAAAGAGCCCUCGUGCUGGGAGGAUCUGUACGAUUACUUUGACACCUUCGACAUCUACUUCCAUGGCGCGCUGAACCUGUGGAACCUCAUGCACCAACUCUACAACGAGAAUGAGAACAUUUCUCACGGCAACAUCAGGUCGACCGCGGUUGAAGUUGGCAUUUGGGCUGAUGAAUGGAUUGCCAAGACCGAGAACCAGAUCAAGCUCAGGGCAUUUCACUGCUGGAGCGGCGACAUCAUUGGUUUGAUCACUCGAAGAGUCUGGGAUGAGCUCAAGAAGCUGCCCUCCAUCGACAUCAUGCUCAUUCGAUAUGCCCUGUGCCAUCGCCAAAAUCAGUUGUCAAGCAAUGGCUUGACUCGACCGAGUGUCUACCCGGCCAACAGCUUGGAACACAACUGGCACAGCAACACCCUGCAUUGCUGGCUUGCCGGCCAGCCCGUUCACGACACCCCGAGUGGCAUCCCCCCCGCGCUGUGCCCGCAGACCAUCGCCGUCGGUAGCACUGAUUCUCCGUCGUCACAGCCAACUUUUGCUGGAGUUGGCGGGGCCACUGCUGUCACCCAAACGUCAGCCGAAACGAACACCGCUGUACCGAAGCCCAUAGUGGUCAGUGGAACGAACAUCAAGCCUCGAGCUGGUCCGCAGAACCGCGGUUCUGCAAUGGACAUAAGCUCUCCUGGGCGUUCCAGAGAGACCUUCACAAACAGCCAGCAGAACACUUCGGCCUUCGUCCCGAAAGACGGAAGUCUAGCCCCUGCAGCUCCUACAAGCGCAACUCCAGCCCUGCCCCCCCCAUCCUUGCUACCUGGAAGAGCCCCUGUACCUCAGAUAACCACCGUGGCCGCUAUGGGACCUGGUGUCUACCCUCCUCCGAUGGGGCCGUACGGCCUUCCCUUCAACAUGCCGUUCACGACGGGUUCCAACGGCGAGACGCAGCCCUACUAUGGCCCUGUUGGACCAUCCGCGCCUCUUGUCUUGCCUGCGCCCGAACGUCAUCAACAAGGUCCCCAGCAAUCAGUCAAGCUGACUCCGAAGAAACCUACAGGGAAUUCCUUCUUGAAUGAUGGAGGCAAUGUGCCAGUUCAGAGCUCCAUGUCCUCGACGGGUGGCACACGUGUGCAGUCUGCAGUUUACCAAAGAGCGGCUUUGGAUGUCAACUCUUCCUACAGGCCUGACGGGAAGCGGAAUGCAACUGCCAGUUCUUUGUUCGAUCAAGAAGUUAGGAAGGGCUCGUUCUUGGGCCCUGCACACUCCGAAAGUGUUCAAAAUGCGCCGCAAGAGCAGCUGCAGACCCCAAUUGCAUCGAAAGAGAUAGGCAGCGGUCAGUCACAGCCUCAAGGCGAACCCAAGGGCUGGGAGAAGAUCCCGCACGCUGAUGACUCGAUCCACGGCCCAGUGUUCCGCCGAUCUCCAACCAAGGACAACAGACCUCGCUCAUACUCCAAGGCAUCGACCAAAGCAGACUACUACUGCACAAAUCAACAUCCCAGGACUGCCCACAAGUAUGUUUACACGCCUUGUGCUUGUAACAAGUGUGAGGAACGCGAACGAUCUGUGUAUGUUCAGCUGAAAACAAUCCUGCGAAUGACUUCGGGGGUCCUCCUGAGCAAGAUCCAUGAGAUCAUGUCCCAGUGGGGAGAGGUUGAACAUGUCUCCCAGUUGCCACUAGCGGAACAUACCGCAGACUUCGCUUGCUUCUUUGUCAGAUUCAAGGAUGGCUCAAGGGUAAGAGAGAUCUCGGCCAUGGAUGACUUCAAGAGCAACGUGGUAGAUUGCAUGAUCAGGAUUGGCGCGAUGCACCAUACAAAGUAUGGCAAAGACAUGUUUGAAGACCACAGGCGCGACAACGCGCAGAUCGGCUCGACAAACCAAACUGGUCCAUAUCAACCAGCGUGGAAAGGUCAGUCGAGCGGUUUUGGACAGACCCAGAUUCCGCAUAACCGCCGCGACUCGAGGGCACAGGUGUCCUUGGAGCAGUACAUGAAGCCUUCGCGUCAGCCGUCGCAGGCCAACGUUGCGACGACCCAUGGUUCAUCAACUCCGCUGCCCGAGAAGGUCUCGCAAAAAGUAGCUGGGCCGAUCGGAGAAGCCAAAACGAUUGGUACCUUGUGGACCAAGCGCGCUUCCACAGCGGUGCCUCAAACUUCUGCCGAAGCCGAGUCUCAGUCCAAGCCACCUUCUGAAGACGACAUUAUCCCAGAUGCAGAGCAGACAAACCAGUCUUCCAGCCCUCGUGCUCCCGUGAGCAGUUCGGGCAAGGGCGUCAACAAAGCCAUUGUGGUUAAUUUACCGACCACGCCGCAGAAACCCAAGGCUAGCACGAGCACACAUGUGUCCGCAUCCGACGAGAACACCACGCCUACAAACACGAUGGUUUUCACUCCUAAGGGCAGCGAAGCAUCUGUGAAGCCAGCCAAGAUGGUUCCUUGUACAUCAACCGCCAUUGACUGCGAGGUUUCAGCCUCGUAUGGACAGAAGAAAAAGUUGCAAACGCUUAACGACCAGGAUCCUGGCGAAAAGUCCACCGCCGAGAAGAGUGAUCCGUCUCAAUUGAAUAGCCCUCCCUCCGAUAAGGGCAAGUACAGAAAGGUUUUCUCGCAGAAAGAUGACCACAGCAUCGAGGUUUUCGACGCGCGAGUGCUCAAAAUUGCUGCAAAGGACCCCCAAUCGGCUAUCGAUAGCUCGAGUGUGGAAGAGCACCCCGUCGAGCAAGCAAACGAGCUCACGCGCGCCGGCCACGAGCUUGACAGUUUGAUCGAUUUGAACCGGGACCAGGAGGCUGUUGCCACGACUGUUGCUGUUGAGAGCUCCACCAAGAAAAAGAACAAAAGGUCCAAGAAGAAGAAGAAGACCGCUUCCGCGGACCAAGGUGAGCCAAGCAAUGUACAGCAGACUACAAAUGACGGCGCCAUCAACAGUGCAGACCAACAAGACCCAGAAGCCUCGAUGCCACUCACCACCGAGAUGGUAGAGGAUAAUGAGCCUGCAACCCUCAGAGAGGUCAUAGCCAAGGCAAAGCAGAUAGUCGGAGGGAAGGGUGCCAAACCAGGCAGUGCGAACCAAACUGCCAUCGAAACCCCUACGAAUGUUGUCCAGCAAGACGCGGCGCCAUUUGUCGCUGGAACAACGGAGAACCCCGAGUCGGAAGUUCUGAACAACGCCGCAAAGGGCAAACAGAUCGCCAGGACAGAGUGCAAUGAGCCACAGCAGUCAACCGAGAAGUCUGAUGUUCCAGAGACUGCCAGCAAAACUUUCCGGGCGAAUGCUGGCGGAUCGUUGCGGAUGCCCAAGACUCGGAAGAAGCAACCUGCCCAGUUGCAACUCGCUGGCCCAUCAGCUUCCGAAGGCACAGUAGAUACUGAAGGACUCGAUGCACCUCGGACUUUGGAUAAUGGACUUCCUUCUGCUACGAGCACCGCGCUUUUCAGUUCUAUCACAGGCCAGGAAAAUCGCUCUAGCGAUGGGUCGCCUGUGAUGCAACCGACUCCUGCAACCCCUCCGUUGGCCGAGGCGGGAGAGGCUAUGCCGAAACUUUCACCGAAGAAAUCUGCAGGAGGCGCGGAGGCAACUUCAAAACCCAACACUUUGCUUAACCCCCAGGCCAAGGAGUUUGUUUCUCCUCCUACCCGUCCGACUGUGGCUCGCCCCAAGAAGGUUGAGCUCGCACCGGUUCCGUUGAAGCCUUUCGGCCAUCGUCGCAACGUAUCCCAAACUUCGUCAGGAACAUCGCGCACCCUCACGUCUGGUAACUCGCCCGUCAACGAAGAGGACAACCAGUCCACUGGCAGUGUUGCCGAGAGCUACAAGGGCAAGGGGAAGGGCUCCGCAGCCCAGCAAGCUUCAGCUAAGGACCAGGACGCAAAGAGUUCCACGGCAACAACCGGGGCCCAAAGCUCCGCUCAACAGACUCCAACGACGGAUGCCGCAGACAAGGAGAACACUCCUUCUCUUGCCAGUGACGAGCUGCCCGCGUCGCAGAGUACCUCGGCUGAUGAUGGCGAUUGGAAAGUGCAACGCCCCAAGAGAGACAUCGGCACCAAGCAGCCCAAGGGCGGUAGCCAGCACAAGAACCAGCAGCAGCAACAGCAGCAGCAGGGCCAGCAAGGAUCCAAGAAGAGCCGUCCCUUGCCUAAGAAGCAGAAGAUACAGGGGCAAAGUCACUUUCAACAGCAACGCUACGUUUCCAGCCCUGGUCCCGGCCCCAUCCCUGUCUCAGUUGGCAGCAAGGCCGAAUUCCCCUCGCUCCCGCCCGCUCCCAAGCCUGAGACUGGACUUCCAGCCAAGAGCAUCUGGGGCAAGCCGCGCGCGGUGACGACUGCAGCCGCUACGACCAAGGCGACUCCUGGUGACAGCACUACUGCCACUAAGGGAGAGACUUCUUGA